UGUUCAAACAAAAUAGGUUAUGUAUCAAUAUUUUGGUUUUACUCGUUUCCAUUAAACUUAAACUAGAAUAUCUUUAUAUAUAUUUAAAAAAACAAGUAGUGUAACCAUGUCAACUCGAUGGUACCCUAUUUAUCAAAGAGGGAAUCCUCAACUACGAGUAUUUUUACCUAACUUUUGGAUGAAGCUGGUUCGUCCAAAACCAAAGCAACUUCCUAACGUUGUACAAUUUCAUUGCUCAAUGGAAAUGACCAAGUUUGAUAUUAAAAAUUAUUUAGAAAAGAUCUACAAUAUCCCCAUUGUAGAUGUGAGAACUAACAUAAAAAUGGGAAAAUUCCGUAAAGAUUACGGCAAAGGAUAUAUUGUAAAAGAUGAUGACAUUAAAUGUGCCUACAUUGUUUUACCAAAGGAUAUGACAUUCAAAUAUCCUGAUCUAUUUGAAGGUCUAAAGAAAGAGGAUGAAGACAGCAUGAAGUCUUUAGACGAAGCUAAAAAGAGUUUCAAUGACUACUUAGAGAGAAAUAAAGAGAGAACAGAUGUCCCUAGCUGGUUUUCUAUUUAGAGUUUUAUAAUCAAUACUUUUAGUGAAAUAGAAUAUUUAACAGUAAUUGUACAAUGUAAGUGUAUAUUGUUUAGUGAAAUUAAAAAAGUUAUAUUAA